CCGGGCGGCGCUAUAUCCGGCUGCAGUGAACUGCCUCUGAGGAAGUGAAGUCCGAACAACAUGAGUUUCCACUACGGCCAGGGCUAUCCAGGAGGGGGCAACCCACCACCAAGUGCUCCAUAUGGUGGGAGCCGUGGUCCAUAUGGGUCCCCCCACUCAUCUCAAUACGGAGCUCCUGCUGGUCCACCAGGAGGUCAUUAUGGCGGCGGUGGAAUCCCAGGUCAUGCAGGGCAAUAUGGGCAUGGACCAGGCGGUGCCCCCAGUGGGCAUUAUGGCGGUUACGGGGGACAGCAUCAUGGAGGACCCUAUGGCCACCAUGCUCCUGCAGGUAACAUGCCUCCUGGCAUUAACCCAGAGGCGUACCAGUGGUUCCAGACUGUUGACACGGACCGCAGCGGCUUCAUCAACCUAAAGGAGCUGAAGCAGGCGCUCGUCAACUCCAACUGGUCUGCUUUUAAUGACGAGACCUGCCUCCUGAUGAUCAACAUGUUUGACAAGACCCGGUCAGGUCGAAUUGACCUGUUAGGCUUCUCAGCGCUGUGGGACUUCAUGCAGCGGUGGAGGGCGUUGUUUCAGCAGUAUGACAGAGACCGUUCAGGGAGCAUCAGUGGCACAGAGCUGCAACAAGCCCUCGCUCAGAUGGGCUACAACCUCAGUCCCCAGUUCUCCGAGACGCUGGUGCAGCGCUUCACCCUGCGGGGCGGGCGACCUGGCAUCCAGCUGGACCGCUUCAUCCAGGUGUGCACCCAGCUGCAGAGCAUGACGCAGGUCUUCAGGGAGAGGGACACGACCAUGACGGGCAACGUCCGACUCAACUACGAGGAUUUUCUCUCCGGGGCCAUCAGCAGGCUCAUGUGAGCCAUUGACAGUCCCACUGCUCUGAGUUCACAUCAUCAUAAUUCCAUGUUCAGGUCACAUUCUGCUCAGUGUUCUCACAUAAGUGCCCUCACACAUCUAUAUGUUUGCAGUGGAACAGCCUGUGCACGUCAUUCCGUGGCUUGUUGCUGUCAAUAGAUAAAGCUUUUAUAAAGGCAACUAAAGGAUUUAUUACACAUCUUAACUUUGACCAGGGGUCCUUCUGAAGGUCCAUCUGAACGGGUCCAUCUCACAACAGAGGACUUGGGUGACAAUGGCAGUUAACACUUAAGUCCCUUGUUUACUAGAACCAAUGUUUGGUCAAAGGUAUGAAUAGUUAAAAAUCCAGAGAGAGCACUUGUAUACACAUGUUGAAUUUCCUGAAUGUUUAUCCAACAACUCUAUUAUCUACAUUUCUGUCAGGACUGAAUCAAUGUAUCAGCAAUGUCUCUACUCCUACAGCGGAAUACAUGCAUUACUGUGUAUGACAGUGACUGUCUAUAUGCUGGACCUUCAUGCAGCAUUAACAUGGUCCUUUGCCAUUAAAAAAACUGUUCAAUUCAUAUUAACUAUACUCCAGAGUCUAUAGGGAACAGAUAUUACUUAAAAGCACCACAUUUAUACAAAUUCAUUUUACAAAUUAUUGUUUCUUGGACUGUUUUUUACUCAUUUCCAUGUUUGCUAAAUUGCUUCUCUGUAAGCCAGUAUCAAUGAGAUAUAUAUAUAUAUGCAUUAUUUAUAUAUAUCUUUGACCAAAAUAUAAAAGAUUUAAAUCUCUGAAAAAACAGGGUUUGCCAGCUUCAGUAAAAUGAUUGUGGGGCCAGUAACUGAUGAUACACUCCACUGUGUUAUAUGCAACAUUCAAAUUAUUGAAUGAUGAAAAUGCCAAAAUGGUUCCUAAUGCCUAAACAUGCCAGAAACAAAUAAAUGCCUUUGUUUCACA